CGGCGCUCGCUGCAUCCUUCGGCUAUUGGGAAAAUUAUCUCCUCACUGCCCAGCGUGGAACGGUUGGCGUUGGAAUUAAACACACCCAAGGCUAAACGGGCAGAAAUACAAAAUGAACAUAGACUAUCCCUUGCAAAUGCAUUGGAGUCACCAUCAUUGAGUAAUUUGCGGACAUUGAAUAUCUACAUUGAACAAGGCAUUCCAGGCAACCACAACUUCAAGAACCAGCCCGACGACCCCAAUUAUCCAGAUGGAGAUGUAUUGAAUGUUGCCAUUCGUAAAUUGGCAGAAAAUACACAUUUGACAAAUCGGAAUCUCACUGGGUGCAUGUUAAAAGGAGCAUUUAUCACUUACGGUGGUCGAUGGUACUACACCAGCAAUCCCACCGAUAUCGAAGCGGAUUACGGGCAUUCUCGGGAUGAUUCAGGCGAUGAAGAUUCUGACUCAAACUCUUCCUUCAAUUCUGAAUUCCAGGAUUCCCUGCCUAAAGGCAGAGAAUCUCUUUUAAAUGGUGACGAACCCCACUAUAUGUGGAGAGCACAGCCGGAUCCGCAAAUGUUCGAUCCUCUUAUGAAGACAAUGGCUACUGUGGUACUCCGGAUGCCCCGACUGCGAAAUUUCUUGUUCUCGAUCGGGAUGGGCUGUAUGGAGGAUUGUGGUAUUGUAUUC